CAAACACCGACUCUACCUGGCCAGCUUGUCCCUCCAAACUCUGUUCAGGGUUCGUGGCUCAAAGGCCAUGUCGCCCAAUUAUGUGGCCUCAACCAUGACCGCUUUCCAGGCAGUCAGCCCGUGAGCUUCGGCUCAAAGGAUCUCGAGCGACUGGAAAAACAAGACUACUGGGUCUGCGAAAAGUCAGAUGGCAUCCGAGUGUUGCUCGUGAUAUUGACAAAUCUGGAAACGAACGAGCAGCUGGUUCACAUUAUCGAUCGCCACAACGAGUAUAGACAGUUGUUCGGGAUGUACUUUCCCCACCACGAACAUCCUGAAAGACCACUUCGAAGUACUAUCAUUGAUGCGGAACUUGUAAUUGAUGUUGACCCUCAGACAAAGCAAGAAACUCUUCGGAUGCUAUGCUUUGACUGCUUGGUCGCAGAUAACCAGAAUGUAAUGACCAAAUCGCUUGAUAAACGAUAUGGGCGUUUGAAACUGUGGUUCUUCAAACCGUACGAAAGAAUGAUGCGACAAUACCCCCACAUGGCUUCAAAUCAACCCUUCGAUAUUCAAGUGAAAGAAAUCAAUCUAUCCUAUGCCGUGGAUAAAGUCUUUGCUGUCGAUAUACCCAACUUACACCACGGUAAUGAUGGUCUCAUCUACACAUCCGUCAACACGCCCUAUGUUCCGGGCACGGAUACAAACAUACUGAAGUGGAAACCACCCUCCGAAAAUUCUAUCGAUUUUAAACUCGUGCUGCGCUUCCCUCCGUCUCGAAAGCGUCCCAAUGAACCCGACCUACUUGCGAAACCAAUCUUUGCCCUCCAUGUAUGGUGUGGCGACGACGGAUCGCGGUCCAAGUAUGAGCCAUACGACGUCAUGCACGUCGACGAUGAGGAAUGGGAACGUCUGAAAGCAUCACGCGAGCAGAUUGACGAUCGCAUCGUCGAGGUACAUUGGGAUCCCUCUGUUGAAGGCUGGCGCAUGAUGCGCUUUCGUGACGACAAGCCUCACGGGAACCACCGCAAAGUCGUUGAAAACAUCAUACAGAGUAUUGCUGAUGGUGUUGAAAAAGAGGCUAUCCUCUCCAGCGCACUCACUAUCAAGAAUGCCUGGAAAAUACGGCAUAAUAUGCCCACACAGUCCUCGCAGUCGGCGCCGCAGCCACCGCAAAGCUACCCGAAUCCUAAUCCGUAUAUGCAGCCUCCACCUUCCUCAUUCACAGCACCGCCGUCGCUUCCGCUACCUCCCAAAGUUCAGAUUCUCUACGGGCCGCUCGCACCCUCACGAUGGAGCAGAGUCGCUGGGCCCAACAUUGUUGCCGGUAUGUACCGGUGAUGCAACGCAUCUGACACACGAGCGCUGCGCCCAUCCCUGCAAAUGUGGACGCGUUGCUGAUGACGCGAUGGCCGGUGAUUCGAUGCGAUGCGGUUGCUGGCUCGCCCGUUCCUUCCCUGCGACAUGAAGCUCCAAGACCGAAGCCCGUAGGAAAUGCUCUCAUGCCUAUGAUCUCAUUCCUUGCGCUCCUCAAGCCGCGUGAUCUCGUGUUGACCAUUGCCGGUGCUUCCUGCCCUCACUAUUUCCGUCUCCAUUUCCUCUUUUCCGCCCGUCGGCCGUGGCGAAUGGCGUACCAACGGGGCCCGACAGCGCCCAACCUAGAUUGCUGAACGCGAUAGGCUACCUCCGAUCGCGCGUUUGGAUAUUGUGGGCCAUCGACGAGGCAGGAUUGCUGCGAUCGCGCUGCUGGUCUGGAUUAGCCUCACGAGAGAUCCUUGACCGACACUCACUUCGAUGGGUGGCGCGACAUUCGAUACAAUAAAGCGGCCAAAGUCAGAGCCUAACUCAAAAGUAUUCGAUGACGCUGUGGUAGACACUAGUCGUUGGAGGCACGUUCGAGAAUGUAUACUCGGCAGAGAUGGACGGACGAGAAGUACAUGGGCACGAUGUACAGUAGAGUACAAGUUUUGGAGCAGCGGUAAAACUGCUCGUUUUUUAUGUACGUCGUCCGGGUGGGCGUUACAAAAUG